UUUUUUUUUCGGAUGCGCUUACUAGGUUGGACAGCCGGCGCUGUCCGUCUCAAUGGCAGAAGCGUUAUUCUUCGAAACCUCAGUGUCAUUUGGAAACACUUAACUUCAUAGGAGCUGCAUCUCGCCAAUUGCCAGCCUUCUUCCUCCCCUGCAGCUCGAGUUGCGAGAGAGAACCGAUAACUAAGAAGUAGACCCGCCCCAUACUCCCACACUCGCACACUUUACGUAUUCCCCAAUUCUCCACUUGCCCUGGUUUCUUCAAAAUUUGUCUCAUCUCUCCGUGUGGAGGUGACGCAGCGCAGGGCUCCGUCUCUCUGUAUUAUUGACUGUUAGUGUGCGAUGCUGUACAGUGGAGCGCGUAAAUGAUCUGAUCGGGUGUAUUUUUUUUCCUUUAAUUGGGAGAGGAGGAGGAGAAUCAAUCAGGAGCUAGUCCCCUUCGUCUCCGCCAUUUCUAUGCUCUGUUGUCGGCGAUUCUAAGAAGAAGGAGAAAAGAGGAAGAGGAGGAAGGUAUGGUGGAAACGGGGAACCACUACCCUGCUCAGCCGGCGCAGGUGGCCGCGCCACCUCCCCGACCGCUCGGGAUGGCGAGGGGUCCCGUUUUUCCCCCGGCCGAGCAGCUGCAUCACCUCCACUACUGCAUCCACUCCAACCCUUCUUGGCCUGAAGCAUUUGUGUUGGCUUUUCAACAUUAUAUUGUGAUGCUUGGAACCACAGUCUUGAUUGCCAGUUCUAUUGUGCCUCUAAUGGGCGGGGACCAUGGUGAUAAAGCCCGGGUGAUUCAAAUGUUGCUGUUUGUGGCGGGAAUCAACACGCUGCUUCAAACAUGGGUUGGGGCGAGGCUUCCUACGGUGAUGGGUCCAUCAUUUGCUUUUAUCUUACCAGUCCUCUCAAUCAUCAAGGAUUAUUCGGAUGAGAAUUUCUCUUCCGAGCAUGCGAGGUUUGUCUACACUAUGAGAACCAUCCAAGGCUCCCUAAUUGUUUCUUCCUUUGUCAACAUCAUCCUCGGAUUUAGCAAGACUUGGGGGAAUCUUACACGGCUAUUCAGCCCCAUUGUUAUUGUACCUGUGGUUUGUGUGGUUGGUCUUGGUCUGUUUAUGAGGGGCUUUCCUCAGCUUGGCAAUUGUGUGGAGAUUGGCCUGCCCAUGCUUAUUCUGUUGGUCAUCAGCCAAAUGUAUUUGAAGCGCAUUCACCCACGCGCCCAUGUCAUAAUGGAGAGGUUUGCUUUGCUUUUCUGCGUCGGAAUUAUCUGGGCUUUUGCUGCAAUCCUUACCGAGGCUGGUGCUUACAAUAAUGCUCGGGAUGUGACUAAGCAAAGUUGCCGCACAGAUGGCUCCUACCUUAUGUCAUCCGCUCCAUGGAUCAAAAUUCCAUAUCCAUUUCAUUGGGGUGCUCCUGUAUUUAAGGCUAGCCAUGUCUUUGGGAUGAUGGGGGCAGCACUUGUUUCAUCAGCAGAGUCAACUGGAACAUUUUUUGCUGCAGCAAGGCUUUCAGGUUCCACACCACCUCCAGCACACGUCCUCACUCGAAGCAUCGGUGUGCAGGGUGUCAGCUUGCUGCUUGAUGGGAUAUUUGGUGCCGCUGUCGGCACUACUGCGUCCGUUGAAAAUGUUGGGCUCCUUGGAUUGACAAAUAUAGGGAGCAGAAGGGUGGUGCAGAUAUCAACUGGUUUCAUGAUUUUCUUCUCCAUAUUUGGGAAAUUUGGUGCCUUUUUUGCAUCAAUUCCUUUGCCAAUAUUUGCUGCCAUAUACUGUGUUCUAUUUGGCAUCGUUGCUGCCAUUGGGAUCUCGUUUAUUCAGUUCGCGAACACUAACUCCAUGAGAAACAUUUACAUAUUGGGCCUGUCUUUGUUCCUUGGGAUAUCCAUACCUCAGUAUUUUGUCACGCGCACUGAUCCAGCUGGUCACGGACCAGUUAAUACUAAUGGUGGAUGGUUCAAUGACAUAUUGAAUUCGAUCUUCUCGUCACCGCCUACCGUCGCGAUUAUCGUCGGGACACUGCUCGACAACACUGUCGAGGCGCACGCCAUUGAGGACAGAGGACUUCCAUGGUGGGUUCCUUUCCAACACAAGAAGGGAGAUGUUAGAAACGAGGAGUUUUACAGUCUCCCCAGUAUAUAUAAGUACAUACCAGGAAGAUUUUAUUAGUCAGUACACCUUUCAUAUUUCUUGUAAAAAUCUUUAGUUUGCUCUUCAUCAUAGUUUAGUUCCAGUGUUCCUUCUAUGUGAGAUGAGAUUUUGUUCUAAACUGAAGAUUAAACUGCGUUGCAGUGGGCAAGUCAGCAAUUUUUUUUUUUUGUUUUUUUGGUAAAUACUAAAUAUUAAGCAGCAAAUGUUAUCUA